ACAAGACAUAUCCCCGAGCUUGAAUUGACAGCAACUCAACUUAUACAUGAAGUCACCGGAGCUUCACAUUUGCAUAUUGCAAGAAAUGAUAACAAUAAUGUAUUUGGUGUAGGGUUUUCAACACCUCCCACGAAUAACAGUGGAACUCCUCAUAUACUGGAACAUACAACGCUAUGUGGAAGUAAAAAAUUUCCCGUGCGAGAUCCAUUUUUUAAAAUGUCGAAUCGAAGUUUGGCAAAUUUUAUGAAUGCUAUGACAGCAAAAGAUUAUACGAUCUAUCCAUUUGCAACUACACACAAACUUGAUUUUGAAAAUUUAAGAGAUGUUUAUAUGGAUGCGACAUUUCACCCUUAUCUGAGAGAAUUGGACUUUAAACAGGAAGGGUGGAGACUUGAGCAUCAGCAGCCUAAUGAUAAAUCAACCCCUUUACAAUUUAAAGGAGUCGUGUAUAAUGAAAUGAAGGGUCAAAUGUCAAAUGCUGGAUACUUAUUCUACACUCGAGUGCAAGAAAAUAUGUUUCCUGGUACCACUUAUGGAGCUGAUAGCGGAGGAGAUCCAAAAUAUAUAACAGAUUUAACAUAUCAAGAACUUUUACAAUUCCAUAAAACUCAUUAUCAUCCGAGCAAUGCAAAAUUUUAUACAUAUGGAGACUUUCCAUUAAGAGAUCAUUUGAUAGCAAUUGAUAAUAAAAUUAGAGAUUUUGGGAAAUUUAAUCCUGAUGAAGGUGUGAAAGUCGUUAACCCAUUUGAAUCUCCAAGGAGAGAUAAUUUUGAGACCUUUGCUUUAAAGAUAUUUGGUUAUUUAUUACUGGAUGGUCACGCAUCUCCAAUGUAUAAAGCACUUAUAGAUACAAAUAUCGGAUCUGAUUUUUCCGAAAACACUGGAUAUGAUCCUUCAACUAGGAUAAGCUGUAUGAGUAUUGGAUUACAAGGAAUGAAAGAGAAUGACGUUCCGUUGGCUGAAGAGGUAAUAAGUAAAGUUUUGGAAGAUAUUCAUCGAGAUGGAUUUGAUCCAAAACGUAUUGAAGCUGCAAUACACCGAACGGAAUUGAGUAUUAAACAUAAAGUUUCGUCUUUUGGUCUAGGACUGAUGCAUUUAAUAAGCUCAGGGUGGUUUAAUGGCUGUAAUCCUGCCGAGAUUUUGGAAAUCAAUAAGAAUAUUGAAAUGUUAAAGGAAAAACUAAGGACGGGACCAUUCUUUCAAAAUCUAGUAUCGAAAUAUUUCCUAAACAAUCCACAUACACUUAUAUCAAUAAUGUUGCCCGAUCAAUCAUAUACAGAAAAUUUAUCACGAGAAGAGCAAUCACGGUUAUUAGCUAAAACUUCAACACUUUCACCAGGAGAAAAAGAAGAAAUAUAUGAACAAUCAAUACAAUUAUUAAAAAAACAAGAAGAAAAAGAAGAUUUAUCUAUUCUGCCAAGUUUGCACAUACAAGAUAUAAACAAACAAAUGAAAACAUUUGAAUUAAGAUUUAGUGAUAUGAAUGGAUGUCCAGUACAGUGGAGAAAUACAAGUACAAAUGGAAUAACGUACUUUAAAGCUAUUAGCAAAAUCGAAGGGUUAAAAGAAGAUUUAAGAAUCUAUUUACCUUUAUUUGCUCAAGCUUUAACCUCUUUAGGAACAAAGACUAGAUCUAUGGCAGACAUUGAUGAUGAUAUAAGAUUAUACACUGGUGGUAUAAGUACUUCAACUUUUUUAUCAACAAAUCAUUCUGAUUUAAAUAUAUAUGAAGAUGGUUUGGUUAUUGCGUCGCAUAGUCUCGAUAGAAAUACAGACCAAAUGUAUGAUAUAAUGAAACAGCUUAUAUGUGAAACUAACUUCGAUAAUGUUGAUAAAUUGAGAACCAUUAUUUUUGCUAAUGCAGCUAACAUGAUGAAUUCGGUUGUUGAACAUGGUCACCAGUAUGCAAGUACUUUCGCUGCAUCUAAGCUAACCCCUGCCGUGAAUAAAGCAGAAACUUAUGGUGGUAUGACACAACUGCAUUUCAUGAAUAAAUUGACGGGUACUGAAGAUUUUGAUACCAUAAUUCAGAAAUUGAAGGAAAUAGCUGAAAAUGUUUUUAGUAAAGAAUCCUUAAAAGUAGCUAUUACUUGUGGUUCAGAAACUAUAAAUAAUAAUGAAAAUGCAUUAAAAAAAUUUUUAAAUGAGUUACCUCAAAGAAAUUUAUCAAAAGUUGCUGAGCAAAGUGCUUUCCGGUCAACACAUGAAAAAGCUUUCUUCCCUAUGCCAUUUGCCGUAAAUUUUUGUGCUAAAGCUUUUAAGAGUGUACCUUAUACACAUCCUGAUGGAGCCAAACUACAAAUCCUUUCUUCAUUAAUGGGUACGCAUUAUCUUCAUCGAGAAAUUCGUGAAAAAAACGGUGCAUACGGAGGAGGGGCAAGGUAUAAUGCGACAACUGGUAUAUUUUCGUUUUACUCUUACAGAGAUCCUAAAACCUUGGAAACCUUGAAAAUAUAUAAAGAUAGUAUUAAAUGGGUUGAGGAAAGAAGGUUUACUCAACAAGAAAUUGAUGAAGCAAAAUUAUCUAUUUUUCAACACGUUGAUGCACCUACAAGUGUAUUCGAAGAAGGAAUGAUUUAUUUUACAGAAAAGAUCACCGAUGAACAAAGACAAAAGCGACGUGAGCAGUUACUUGCCGUUACAGAAGAUGAUGUUAAAGAAGUUGCAAAAGUUUAUUUAGAAGGUCAAGAAAAUGCUAUUGCUAUUAUUGGCGAAGGUAAACCCGAAAUAUUAAACGAUAAAGAAUGGAAAGUUUACCAGUGA